GAUGGCGUUAAACACCAUUAAAGUUGCGCCAAUGCUUCUGCUUGGAAUCGUCAUUCUCUUUACUUCUACUUUUGCCAGUGCAAGCUAUGAAGAAGGCAUUCAGAAGCCUAAAAAUGUUGUGGUGAAGGGUAGCGUAUUGUGUGAUACCCAACUAUCAGAAACUGCCUACUUCUUACCAGGUGCCUUGGUCGCCGUGGAGUGUAGCAUCAACAUCAACAGGAAAUGGAACAGCCAUAGCAUGGUUUAUGUUGAAGAAGAAACAGAUGAAAAUGGAGAAUUCACAGUGGAGCUUCCCAUCAUACAAAACCUUAACCCCAGGAAGUCAUGCUCAGUUAGACUUCUCAGCAGCCCCCAUGAGUCGUGUGACAUACCCUCAAUCACUGCGUCUUCCCAACUUGUCCCGACAUCUUCAAAUCCCAAUGGAAUGCACAUCUACUUGUCUACUCCAUUAUCCUACCGUGCAUCCAAACAAGAAGCUAUCUUAUCCUCUCUUCCUCGUCGUAAAGCUUUGCAAGCACCCCCUCUUCUUGGCAUUCCUCCGCUACCAAAGUUCACUUUUCCCCCUCUUCCUAGCAUUCCUUCACUACCCAAAUUCUCUGUUCCCCCUCUUCCGAGCGUUCCCCCACUGCCCAAGUUGAGUGUUCCUCCCCUUGCAACUAUACCUCCUCUUAAUAUUCCAAACGCUGUUGCUCCCCCUUUGCCCAAGGCACCCACUCUCCCUAAGUUGAGUGGUCAUCCUCUACCAAGUGUACCAACUCUUCCCAAACUAAGUGUUCCACCUCUUCCUAGCAGACCCUCUCUACCUAUGUUGAGUGUUCCUCCUCUACCAAGUAUACCAAUUGUUCCAAAACUAAGUGUCCCUCCUCUACCAAGUAUACCAACGGUUCCAAAACUAAGUGUUCCUCCUCUUCCCAAUGCACCCCCUAUACCCAAGUUAAGUGUUCCUCCUCUACCAAGUGUACCAGCUCUUCCCAAACUAAGUGUUCCACCUCUUCCUAGCACACUCCCUCUACCUAACUUGAGUGUUCCUCCUCUACCAAGUAUACCAACUGUUCCAAAACUAAGUGUUCCUCCUCUUCCUAGCACACCUCCUCUACCCAAGUUGAGUGUUCCUCCCCUCCCUAAUGCACCUUCCCUACCAAACUUGAGCACUCCUCCUUUAAAUAUCGCUUCUAUUCCGCCUUUUCCCAAGCUUAGUUUUCCUCCUCUACCCACUUUCCCUUCCACAUUUCCACCAUUUCCUAUUUUCACCCCACCACCACCUUCUACUUAGGACUUAGGAGAUAUUCCUCAACCAUGCUCUUUUUUAGAUAUGGAUUCCUUUAGUGUGACACUUGCACCUACUUCACAUUUUAUCUAUAGGAUUGUGCUAUUGGUAUAUCAUUUGUUUGGAAUAAUUGGUACACUUGUCCCA